GGCCGCGCCGCCAGUCCCGCUCGCCACACCGCCGCGGACGCACGCGCAGCCAUGCUCGCCCGCCGCCUGCUCGCCCUCGCCGCGCUCGCCGCCGCCGCCGCCGCCGCCGCCGACCCGCCGCGCCCGCGCCUCAUCGACUUCAACCCCUGGGCCUGGCUGCCCACCAGCCGCAACCGCUCGCCCUCCAUCAUGGACUACUUCUUCCCUCCCUCCCGCACCCCCAAGCACUCCAACCUCGACCCAGCCGCAGACCGCAACCCUCCCCUAACCACCCUGCCCCAAACUACACUCGAGGAAAAAAGCGCGACCACCAUAGAGGACAGGGCGACGACGCGCAAGUCCUCCGCGACCAAAAUAAAAACGACCGUACCCCCGACCACGGUCACCGUCCAGAAAAAGAAGAAGACGAGCUCGAAAACGACGACAGCCGCGCCAACUACUAUCGAAACUAAAACGACCAGAGUCCCGGAGACGGUCGGGACGACCAUCCGCGAGACUACGACGGCCAAGCCGACCAAGCACUACACGAUCAAGCCGCUGGUCCGCACCACCACGGAGACGCUGGUGCAGGAGACCGACAGCACGUCGUCGGAGAGCGACAGCACGGAGACCGUGUCCGGGUUCGAGUCCACGCAGACCACGGCCGCGGCGGACGCAGACACGGCGGCGGCGGCGCUGGCGGACGCGCGCUCCACGGACGCCGCCACGGCCAGCACGCCCGACGCCACGGAGCCCACCACGCCGCCCGACGCGCCCGACAGCCGCGAGGGCUACCUGCCCCUCAGAGACAAGCCCCAGCAGACACACGUCAAGAUCAACGAGCAAACCAACAAAGAGACGGUGCCCCUGCCCGCGGGAUCUACGUCCGUGCUGGCCAAGCCGACCAAGUAUCACUACUAUCCGCACAAUCAACACAUUUAUCUGCUGCCGGAAUGUGCCAUUCAACAGGUCUGCAACGCAGUCUACGUCCGUUUAAACUACACGCAGCCACUCUGCGCGUGCCCUGCCCGCUACCGGGACCCCUGCUCCGCCAGCCUCAACGCCGACGACCUCCAUACCACGCGCCUGACGACCGAUUCCAAGAAGAAGUACGCCAAACGCGCAGUGACCCUGGUAAAGACCUGCGAGGCGGUGUCAGAGAUGCGCGAGUGCCGCGCGCCCCGCGACUGGUCGCUGCUGGCGCUGCAGAACAUACGCACCGGCAAGUCGCACUACCUGGUCAUCUGCCGGUGUCCCGAGAACCAUAUCCUUGAGGGUCCAAUGUCGCACGACCAGCCGACCUAUGCGUCCGUCCCCGGGAUUCGAGUUUACGGGAUGGUCUGCGUAAGACCUACUCCCAUUUCAGGAUACAACGCGAACAGAUACACAUCCUCGGUCACCAUCCAGAGCACAACGAACGCGUACAAAGUGGACUAUUCUCAAGCUCACUCGUACACGGAGAAGCCGAUUUACAACCGAUACCAGAAUUAUCCGGGGCCCAGCUACUACAAUAGGAUGUCGCGUGUCUCACGAGUUCGACGAAACGCCGCGAAUAACCCCCCGUUCCCAUGGCAUACAGUGAGAGAGCUGGCGGUAUCUUUACAUUGGGUGAAGUAGGUUUAGAAUAAGACUUGAAAU